AACCUUUGCAAGCUCGCAUUUCGUUGCGACUUGGUUCAUAUUCGGAUAUCGUCAUGAAGCUAUCUCUGUGCCUUGUUUUCGUCGGCUUGAUUGCCUUGGCUCUUUCAAAGCAAGUCAAAUACGACAAUUACAAAGUAUUCCGUAUUACUCCACAGACUGAAGAGGAGCGAAAGGUCCUUCUCGACUUGGAGGAAAAUAACCCUGGAGUCGUUUUCUGGAAACAUGUCCGACAAGUUGGUCUCCCCGUUGACAUCAUGGUUCCUCCUCAUCUUCUUCCAAUGAUGGAAGAAGGGGUGAAGGGUAGAGUGCUCAACAUGCAAGAGAUGGUCGAUGACGUUCAGAGCCUCAUCAAUGCUGAAGCUCAGAGCUCACUUAAUGCGGCACCCAGACUUUCAUGGGACGCAUACUAUCCAGUCAACGAGAUCUACCAAUUCUUAGAUGACACCGCCGCAGCUCACUCCGCCAUCGCUACCACUGGAUCAUUCGGAAACUCCUUUGAAAACCGUCCACUUCGUUUUAUCCGAUUGAACAAGGGAAACACCGCUAAGCCAAUCAUCUUCAUUGAUGCCAAUAUCCACGCCAGAGAAUGGAUCACAAAUACGAUUGCAACUUGGAUUACGAAGGAAUUGCUCGAGGGAGAGGCCCAAGGCUGGUUGGAUACCUUCAACUUUGUCAUUGUUCCAGUUAUGAACCCUGAUGGUUAUGAAUAUUCCCGUACUACUGACCGUAUGUGGAGGAAAACCCGAUCCAACUACGGUGGAGGUACGUGCCGUGGAGCCGAUCCUAACCGAAAUUUCAGAUUUGGAUGGAAUACCGGAGGAUCCAGCAAUCAACCUUGCUCCGACACAUACAUGGGAGUUUCUGCCUUAUCCGAACCAGAGACUGCCGCUGCUGCAGCAUUCCUCGAUACCAUUGCCUCUGAGACAAUUUUCUACCUUUCCCUUCACAGUUACUCUCAGCUUAUCUUGAUUCCUUAUGGAACUGAUUUAGGCCGAGUUCCAGACCACGCUCAACAUAUGGAUAUUGGAAACGCCGCCGCAACUGCUAUUGCUCGAAGAUACGGAACUCGAUUCACUCCUGGAAAUAUCGUCGAACUUUUGUAUGUUGCUAGUGGAGCGAGUGUUGACCAUAUGAAGGGAAUUUAUGACACCGAUCUUGCGUACACCUUUGAAAUGAGAGAUACCGGACGAUAUGGUUUCGUUUUGCCAGCUGAUCAGAUAACCCCCAGUUGUCUGGAGUUCAUGGAUGGGUUGAACGUUAUUCUCGAGAGACUUGCUACCAAAUACGCCAAAUAAGUCAAUCUAAUUAUUGAAACUCUGUUGCUUUAAUAUAUCAUUUAUUUCAAAAGAAACUGUCAAAUGACAUAAAAUCCGUUCACAAAAAUGUAGUAGAUACCAGAUCUGGCAAUCAUAACUAUAAACAUUAGCAAUAAAUCAUCGCACAUUUACAAAAAUAAUGACAAUCAA